GCUAUGGAACGUGUGGUGCAGUCAGAAAUCCCAUCAGAUCAAAGCCAUCUUUUGGGAGUUGAGUCUCAACAUGGCGCAGAUGCAGAGGCUUUCACCAAAGCAUUCGUCAAGAAUAGCAUUCCCCAUAUGAAAGAUGCAGCUAUCGAGGAUAUGAUGGCACGCAAGGCGGUGGUCCUGGAAUAUAAAAGACCAAAGAAAAAGGUGAAGAAGGCAAAAGCCAAGGGACUGAAUGCCAAAGAAAGAAGACGGCUGCAAAUAUUCCAGCUCAAACCUGAACAUCAAAAAUAUGAACUCUUCCUACCUCUGCAUGAGCUGUGGAAAAGCUAUAUUGAGGAUCUGUGCAAUGGAUUGAAACCAGGAAGCAACCCACAAGUGAUCCAGCAGAAGCUCUUGAAAGCUGAUUUCCAUGGUGCCAUCUUAACAGUUGUCAGAUCGAAAUGCCCUUCGUAUGUGGGUCUAACUGGCAUUCUUGUACAGGAACUGAAGCACAUCUUCAAACUCAUUACAAAAGAGGACAAACUAAAAGUUAUACCAAAGAGGAACAGUGUGUUCAGUGUGGAGGUUGGUGGUUUCGUAUCUCACAUCUAUGGCAGCAAGUUUGAACUGCGCUCCAGUGAGCGAUCAGCCAAGAAAUUCAAAGUCAAAGGGACUAUUGACUUGUAACGGAACACAUUCACAUUGUCAUCUAUAACUGAUGUCCUAUACUGGAGCAUAGGAGAUGUUGAAGACAAGACAUCCAGUCAGUAUUCAUUAAUCAUGUCAUUUAUUUUGUUUUUAAUUUAAGGACAGAUUUUAUUUCCAUCGCUUGUAUCUGGAAAAACUAGAUUCCUUUAAUGUUAGUGAUACUCUUUACCUUUAACGUCCACAAGGGGGAGACAGUCCCCCAGCCCCCCUUUUUUUUUUUUUUUUUGCAGAGGAACAAGGAAAUUCACCCAAUUUAUUCUUUGUAUUUAUGACCUCAUUUAUUUGACUAGGACAAAGGCAAGACUGUAAAUACUUUAAAUAAAUAAAAAUAAAAAAACACAAAAAGA